GAAUGAGCGUUGCUGUGCACAGAAAGUGUCGCUAGUAUCUUACCAUGGGAAGCAGAACCUAGGGGCUCUUUCUUCUCCUGUUGCAUAAGAAACAAGGCUGAGACACUGCCUCAGAGCCGGUCCCCAGCACAGAGCACAGCAGCUUGCCUGAGAGCUUCAGAGCCUGAAGCCACCAUCCCUUUCUGCGGCAGGACUCAGAUGGGCCACCCUCCUGCCCGUCAAACCCAGAGUCUGAGCCGUACUCUCCUUCUUCCUCUGUUCAGCAUGGGUUGCCACCAUUUCUUAGGUAAUGUAAAAUAAAUUUCACCCCAUAGCCAGUGUUCUUACUUCCUCCCACUGCAAACUGCUCUCGGGAGCCAGGGCAGAGAGCAUCUUCCCUUAGCAGAAACAAAGAGGGCCUGUCCCUCUCCCCCAGUCUGGCUUUUCCUGUGAUCCCCAGAGCCAGGACACUAGCUGAUUCACGUCUCCUUGGCCUUUGUCCUGUAUGGAGAAGGAAGGAUGAAUGGACAAUCCUUGAUUGCCCAUCAUGGCCCUCUCUGGAUAGACCCUAUUGGAAAUAGAGGCACUAAGGCAGAGCCAGAAGGCUUCAGACGGCUAAGCUUGGCCGUGGCACCCAGGUGGCAAGAACAGGAUCCAGAGGAAGAGAUGGCCAUGGAAGACAGUCCCACCAUGGUUAAAGUAGACCGAGGUGAAAACCAGAUCUUAUCAUGUGGGGGGAGAAGGUGUGGCUUCAGAGUACUUGGCUAUGUCACGGGCGACAUGAAGGAAUUCGCCCACUGGCUUAAAGACAAGCCUGUGGUGCUCCAAUUCAUGGACUGGAUACUUCGCGGCAUAGCCCAGGUGGUGUUUGUCAGUAACCCCAUCAGUGGAAUCCUGAUUCUGGUGGGACUUCUGGUCCAGAACCCCUGGUGGGCUCUCUGUGGCUGUGUAGGAACUGUGGUCUCCACUCUGACAGCCCUCUUGCUUAGCCAAGACAGGUCAGCGAUAGCAGCCGGGCUCCAGGGUUACAAUGCCACCCUGGUGGGAAUACUCAUGGCUGUCUUCUCAGACAAGGGCGACUAUUUCUGGUGGCUGAUAUUCCCUGUAUCUGCUAUGUCUAUGACUUGCCCGGUUUUCUCAAGUGCAUUGAGCUCUGUGCUCAGCAAGUGGGACCUGCCCGUCUUCACUCUCCCUUUCAACAUGGCCUUGUCGCUGUACCUUUCAGCCACAGGACACUACAAUUCGUUUUUCCCAAGUAAACUCUUCACACCUGUCAGCUCCGUGCCCAACAUCACGUGGUCUGAGCUCAGCGCCCUGGAGCUGUUGAAGUCCCUUCCUGUGGGAGUUGGCCAGAUAUAUGGUUGUGACAACCCGUGGACAGGGGGCAUUUUCCUGUGCGCCAUCCUGCUUUCCUCCCCACUCAUGUGUCUGCACGCCGCUAUUGGAUCACUGCUGGGGGUCAUCGCAGGACUCAGUCUUGCAGCUCCAUUUGAAGACAUCUACUCUGGGCUCUGGGGUUUCAACAGCUCUCUGGCCUGCAUUGCAAUUGGAGGGAUGUUCAUGGCGCUCACCUGGCAGACCCACCUCCUGGCUCUUGCCUGUGCCCUGUUCACUGCCUACUUCGGAGCCUGUAUGACCCACCUGAUGGCGGUGGUUCACCUGCCAGCUUGUACCUGGUCCUUCUGUUUGGCCACACUACUCUUUCUCUUGCUGACCACGAAAAACCCCGGCAUCUAUAGGAUGCCCCUCAGCAAGGUGACCUACUCUGAGGAGAACCGCAUCUUCUACCUACAAAACAAGAAAAGGAUGGUUGACAGCCCCCUGUAAGAGCAACACCAGCCAACGGCCAUAGUCAGAAGUCAGUUCUAAGUGCAGCUCUAGUUGCCUUCCAGGUUCUCCACAAUUGCUUUUCUUCACUGGGAACAACUUCCAUACUCUCAACGACCCACUCUUUUGCUUGCUCCAUGUUUUUCUUUGUUGACUGUAUAUCAUCAAUCACAUGAGAGCCGUGUCCAGGCGAUGUUCUCUGGAAUGGAAUUUAAACCCCCCACUGUGCACCGGGGGGUCAGUGGGAGUAUCACUAAGACUGUAAUGUAUUUAUAAUGUAAAAAUGCUCCAACAGAAAGAAGAAAUGGAAGCAGCAACAAUUAUUGUUAUUUAAAGCUAUCUUUGAUGUCAGUAUUAAAAAAAAAAAUCAAGCUCUGUAAACUAUGUAAGCUUUGCAGAAUUCACAGGCACAGAAACAGAGCAGCCCAGGGUUCUCAGAUAGGCGGCCAUUUGCUUUCAGAAUCAGUGCAAGUUACUCAUAGCAACCACAUCCAACAUUGCAGUGGGGCAGGUUGACCAGAGCGCUGGUGCCCAGCUCUCCCGCAGAGUGGCGAUGUUCUCUUAAUGAGAAUGGCUAGAAUUUUUUUCCAAGGUAAGCUGUGGGAAGGACUUUGUUGGUCAAAAUAGUUUUGUAUUGCCACUCUUGGAUUUUGCAAAAUCUGGUAGAGUUUAUUUAUUCUUUAUUAAAAUAAUAUUUUCCCACUGAUAUAUGUGUGCAGCUUGUCAGGUCUUAGACAUUAAAUAAAAUGUAUAAAUAUUUAGCAUACUUGCUUUUACUUUAUAUACUUGCUUCACUAUAAAUAUAAAUAUAGUGUUUUGAGGGAGUGUUUGACAUAGGGACUUACUAUGUAGCCAAGGCUAGCCUAGAGCUCAGCAUCCCAUUUCCAUUUCAUUCCAUAGCACUGGAGCUAUCUAUGCGUUGGGUUUUUAAAUGCUUCAAAUAUAAGGCAACUUCAUCAACCUCGAGAGCCUUUUGAAGGCACAGUUUAAUGAAUUUGAGGAUAUCAUCCAAACACCAGCAGAAAGCUGCACUCACGUGCUAUUUUCAAGAAUUCUUUAAUUUCUUUCUUCUUUUUUUUAUUUGUUUCUUUAAUUUCUUUUUUUUUUUUUGAGACAUUAUUUUCUGCACACUAAUGUUCUGGCUAGCAAACUAAUGGUAUUGGAACCACCUCAUCGACAUACUGAUAGAGAAUUCUCCAGGUUUCUUUUAUAAAUUUUUAAUUUAAAAGUUGUGGUUUCUGUAAAACAACAACAACAACAAAACCCCACUUCUCUGAGCAAUCUUGCUGAAGAGGACAGUCCAAAGCUCCCCUCGCCGCCUGCUACCUGCCCACUGAAAUUAAUUAUUGGUGGGCUGGAAAAGUGAGCAUUUCAAAUCCUAAAGAUUUUCUUUUUCCUGUUCAGUAUGUUGCCCGUGCCUGAAUCCUAGCACUAGCGAGACCGAGGCAGGAGGAGCACAAGUUGAAAAGCAGCCAGGACUACACUGAACGGGCCUCUCUCCAAAACCCAACUGAACACAAACAUAAUCAAGUUCCCUCUCUUUCAAUAUUCAGUGUUAACCAGGCAAUGGUGGUGGGAGGCGGGCAGAUCUCUGAAUUUAAGGCCAGCAUGGUCUACAGAGGGAGUUCCAGGAUAGCCAAGGCCACACAGAGAAACCAAAAGCAGAAAAUAGUGCUGAGAAGACAAUCCACAGCUUGCAGGACAGCUGAAGUCAGACUUUAGUGUAGAUGCCUUCGGGAGACAGUCACCCUUCCUCUUCUCAGGAAACAAGACAAGAUCUGUGACGAUUUUAAAUCUUGUGACCAAAAGCCCUUUGAAGCUAUUGAUUAGCAACUGUCGCGGACUCCUGAGUUGUUCUAUGAAAACUCUGGAUUUCCAGUGUUUGAGCUGAAAUUUUCCUCUUUGGCUUUUGUGAAAUAAUCGUUGGUGACAGCAAGAAGUAAUGCAUAUGUUAAGACCCCCUUGAGAGUGACGAGGCUGGACCCCAGCAGAGUGGACCAAAGUAUCUACAACACAACUGAGCCUGUCCAAGCAACAAAACUCUAACACACCAUCUCAGAUCUGCGAAUGGGAACAAGCUGGAGCCUUCUACAUUGUUUUAUUUAUGUAAUAUUAGUGUCUUUAAGGUAUUUUGUUACUAAGUAUUAUAUCAUAAAGUUAAGCAAAACUCUUAGGGGUCAUUUGUACUUUUCCCCCUAUUGUCUGCAUAACAGAUUCCUGUGUAAACAUGAAUACAUUAUAUUAACAGCUCA